UUAAAAUCUUUUCAUAAGAAAAAAAAUGUAAAAUACUUUCCAUAUUAAAAAACGCUCUCAAGACAAAAAUGGCGAUGACAAAGGAGAUCUAGGGUUUAGAUGGAUUCUCGACGAUGGGAUCCCGGUGAAGGAGUGGGUGGUUGUUUGGAGCGGUGUUACAUCUGUUGAAGGAUUAUGGAGAAACGGACGGGCGAUUUCAGCCAAAUCCCCGAUGGAUGAAGAUGGCAAUGGAAAUUGAUUUUCUUGGAAAGUUGAGGAGAUAUGGAAUCAGAUUUUGAUUUCAAUCAUCUUCAAGAUGAAAUCGCGAAGGUUACAAGAGUCAGUUACUACUCGUUAACAACACCGACGUGAAGAAUGGUGAGGGCACUCGCAAAAGGUUGAAGAUUUCGGUCCCACACUUUGACAACUCUGAGCUGAUCAAAACAACAUUUUCCAAAACGUUGAUUGGAAGGUGUAUGAAGCAGGAUAUGAAGGCGCUGAUCACGAAUCUCCCAAAGAUAUGGAAGUUGGAGGAUCAUGUAGUAGGAACGGAUUUGGGUUUUGGGAAAUUCCAGUUUGUCUUUGAGAAAGAGGAAGAUAUGGAUGGAGUUUUAAACUUUCAACCGUUUCAUUUCGAUUAUUGGAUGCUUUGCUUGGCUAACUGGCAACCAAAGAAAUCUCAGCAUUACCCGUCGGAAAUUCCGUUUUGGUUCCGGGUUCUAUGUGUUCCGGUGGAGUUCAAGACGGCACCUAUGUAUGAGAGUAUUGGAAAUGCUAUAGGAAGAACGGUGGCGGUGGAUGUGGAGCACUCACGAGUUCAAGUGGUGGUGGACGCGUUCAAAGAACUAUGUUUUGAAACCACGGUGGACUUCGCAGGUGGGGAGUUUUAUGAAAGUGAGGAAGCUCCGGUCUCAUUGCGAUAUGAGAAAUUAUUUGGUUAUUGCUACAUCUGUUUCAGUUUGUGUCACAAGGAUGAGGAAUGUCCUCUACACGAAUAAUUCUAAAAAGGGAGCUGAAGGAAACCGGGAGGUAAUGGUGGAUGGCGCGAUGGGGGUAAGCAUGAUGAGAGGGCUAGAAGCUACAAAGGAGUGAUCAUUAAUGGUCCUGUGAGUCAACAGAAUAGAAAUAGAGAGAGUCGGGAUCACCAUGGGAAGGGGAAAGACAAGAUGUUUGUAGAAGCUGACUCUAAGUGGGUGAAGGUGGCAGAUAGAGGUCACAAAAGAAACUCCACAUAUCGUGGAAAUUCCCGCGGGGAUGGAGAGGCAUCACACUAUAGAAAUACCAGAAGGGAGGAGCCAAGGCAUGAUACUCAGGAGGGGCGCACUAGGUUAUCUUCAGACCAAACCCGGGUUCACAAUGUUCAGAAUAUGCCACGGGAAGAGGCCAAGGAGGAGGGGAAUAUCAAAGAUGAUGGAGAAGGGGAGGUGAAAUUGAUGGAGGAGGAUCUCAUGGAUCAACCAUCUCAGAAGUUUCAAGAAGAAUUGGCCAAAACUCAGGCUACUGGUGCAGAGACCGUAUCGGAUCCUAAUGAUGCAGAGAAGGGGUUACAAGAGGUUCAAGGUCUAUUAGGGGAAAAGUUGGUGUCUCCAGAGGAUGAAGACCACGUGAUGGAGAUGGAUGAAAUAAAGGCUCACUUACUGGAACAUGGGAUCGACAUGGAUGCAGCAGAUGAUUUACCGGACUUUUCAGAAGAGGAAACUGAGGAAGCGAUCAUGGCAUAUGAUGAGGAAGCGCAGCCGCAAGAGGAGGAGGAACAGCUUCUGACGGGUGAUGGAGAUGACGCAGCUGUAGCAGACUUGGGGAAUAAAAAGACCACUCGCAAGAGGUUGUUUAAACCAGCAGCAAAUACUGCAGGAAGCACGAAGAUGAGGAUUGCUUCAGCUUUGGUCUCCCCGCGCAAACGAGCUGCAGCAAAGCCAAGUAUCCACCGGGGUGACAACAACAAACAACAGGAGAGUAAGGGGACUUCAUUCCCGAAACCUGGCCAUCAAAACGCUUAGUUUAUGGAUCAAGUCUCUUUAAUAUUUGGAUCAAGAAAGCAUGGUUUUACUUAUGAUUUGAGGGUAGUAUUAUUUUCAAUAAGCUCUAUGAGCGUUUGUUUCUUAAUGGGUUCGAUGGGUUUUUAUGGUUGUUGUUUCAGUUGUUUUCUCAGGGAAGUUUUGUGUUUGGGUUUUACAAUGGAAGUUUAAGGGAUUUUUAUUUU